AUGGCAUUCAAAUGGCAUUUGACAAGCAGAUGUUGCAUCAUUUCAAGUCUUUUGUUGGUAAAGUUUCACGACUAUGUCGGGUUGAGUUAACAAAUCCUUUGUGAGAGUGUUGACGCCACAAAACUGAUGGAAUACACUGUUUGCUCCAAGUCUUUUGGCAAGUACAUUACACAUCUCUGACACUUGUUUAGUCUUCAACUCUAUUACAAAUAUUUGAUUUGUAAGAGUUGCAUUCUGAAACAUGUGGCCAUUGUUUUUUCAAGCUAGAGCGCGACCAUCAAAUACUCCCAAGCAAAACUAUCGGUCGCGUCUCCCUCAAAUUGCUGCCAUUUUGAUAGUUAUUGAGUCUGGAUGCAGUAUUUUUUACAACAAUCCAUACAUUAGCAAUGAAAUCUACUAUCUGUCAGACGGCAUUGCAUGGACCUGUGAUAUUGCCAUUCGAUUAUGUCUUAUCAACUUUAUGUAUUACCGCUUUCGAGGUCUGUAUGGACGAAGACUUCCUCGACUGCCAUCAAGAUCCAAUAGCAUCAUCAAAAGUAGGCUUGAAAGCUAUCGAGCGUUUUUUAGUGAUAUUCCACGCUUAGUAUUUAUGCUUGUUGCGCUACUUCAGGUGAUUUCCUGUGGUAUGGCUAUUUACAGUGAUAUAGGCACGGUUGCUGGGGUAUACACAUCCAACGGAGAGGUAUCAUUUGGAUCAGUGUAUAUCUUGGUUGAUCUAUCCGUGUCACUACUAGACGCAUCUGUCUGUGUUCAAAUUUGGCGACUCAAGGCAAGCAAGGCAGGUGCAAAACUCAACCAAAUCGAGUUUGUCAGGGCAUUCAUAGCAAUUGUAUGUUGCGCCAUCACUACUGUUUCCGAAGCCAUUAUAUUCUCUAUGGGUUAUGAUCGACAGUGGGAAGUUUAUUUUAUUUUGACAAGUGCUCGGAUUGUUUUUUCAGAAAUAUUUAAUUCAAGUUUGCUGGCAGGAUUAAUAGAUCAGACACCAUCUCGUGUAGCAAAACUCUCGACGCAAAAAAAUGCUCAAGCCGUAGAAAGCAAUUCAAAAUGCUAGUUUUUAACAGUAUACAAUGGUUUAUCAUUUCAAAAACAAAAACGCUAAAUAAAAUAAACCCAAGUUUCUGCU